GCAGUUUCUUUUGCUGGGUUGAAAGAUGAAUGUUYUACGAAUUGCACGCUGGAUAUUCUUUUCCUCAGUCAAAUCUCUUCUACAUACAGCAUGGUAYACGCACGCCUUUCYKYUAGAGUUCCAUCGCACCGAUCAGGACGGUAUUGUGCCGCAAAGAAGUGGUUGUUUCUAUUCUUCUUAUUUCUUUCUUUGAGUCAAGGGCAUUUGCCUCGUGUUGUCCUCGCGUGUCUUGUUUUUGUCGUGUCGCCAAGGCUCUCCCUCUCUCCCACAAUGUAUGUAUUCUGCUCAUUUCCUCCGUCGCAAGCGCAGCGAAGGAGCGCUUGGUUUAUUCGUCGUCUUCGUCCCAUUGGUUGUCCUUCCGCCGGAUUUCGGUGAUUCCCGAAAUCGUGGUGGCAUCUUCCCUCGCAUCGCCCACCACCUCGACGUCUACGAUGUUUGCAUCCCCGUCGCUGCUGCCGAGCAGGCACGCCGCGACGGCGGCCAGCAGGUCGGAAAAUCCCAGUUCCACGGCCAGCUYGUCCAGCAAGUCCGGUCGCUCGGCCAGGCCCAGAUUUCCACCGUCGGCGCUUGCUUUCUGCUCGUAGGCCUCCCACUUUGCGGCCGGGCACACGCCGGUGUUUUCCUUCAGCACCUGGGCGGCCCGGGCGCCGACGUCGGCGUUCAGGGCCGCGAUGAGUUCGGGUCGAUCCUGGAGCUCUUGAUCCGGUGCCAGCAUGUCCUGGUACUUGUCCCAGAGGUCRGGCGCCAACCUGGCACCCUUGCAGACCUGCUCCAACCGAUCGGCCUUGCACUUGUUCAGGAGCAAUCCCAGUUCGAACAUGAGGUCCGGCCGGUCCUUCAUCUCCUGGCCGUCCUCCAGCUUGGCGAGGUACUCGUUCCAGGURUCGGGAAUGAUUGCGGUGCACUCGACCUCUAGCUGCUGGGCGCCGGCGGGGACAAGGACCGCGGCGGCAAUGUAGGUGAGGCCGGCCAGCAAGAAGGCAAUGGCCGUGAUGCCCAGGGCAAUGUUCUGGACCAAUUCUCCAACAUUGGAGUUGAAAAGACUGGAUGGAUUGGGAACACCGGCAGUGGCUGCCGCAGCUGCUACUGCUUCGGGAUCGAGGGAGACAUCCGAAACCAGGAAAAACUGAUCGAGAGACGGARACGAAGAAGCCGAAGUGGUUCCGAUGCUGAGUUUUAGCUGGGCCGUGUUUGCGAUGGUGCUGUGCGUGGGCAGAAACGCUGACGCCGCCGGAAGGAGGAGAACCCACGCCAGUAAUCUCAAURAUACCAUGACAAUGAUAGGUCGAAGKUCGCAACGGGAGCUCGAUCGAAAAGCUUUAGGUUCGAUUCAGAAUGCAGCAACGCCUUUCCAAKGGAGAUGUCUUUUUUUUGUUCAAGAAUGGUUGACACUUUGCGUUCACUUCGUGGUACUGGUAAUCGUUCCGGGCUAUAUUCAUUCAUGAAAGUUCCUCUCUGACACCUCUCCACAUUAAAGAUACCGUUCAAUG